GGUCUAGUCACGUGCUAACUGGUAGAAAUGGCCGACGAGGCAGCAGAAAUAAACACAGCCCUAGAAGAUGGUGAAGCAAAACAGACCGAACAUGAAGUUUUAGAAGUUUCUACCCACAGCAAAGAACCAACUGACAAACAGGUUCAGAAUGAUGAACCCAUUGCUGAGAGCACUUGGACUGCACCAAUUUUCUCGUUGGCCCGAAAGGCAACGGAGACGAUCAGCAGUGGGGUCAGCUACGGUGCUUCUCUCAGAAACUCCACAUCAUUAUCAUCUAUCAGCUCUGCGACCGAGAAACCGCCUGAAAAUGACUCCAGCCGUGCCAAAAUGCUCACAGCUUUGCCCACUAAAAGCCCCAUGUCGAUAGAGAGGUCCAACCUUCUGAGCAUGAUGAAGCUUAGUAUUAAAGUAUUAAUCCAGUCCUCUCUGAGUCUGGGCAGAACUUUGGACUCUGAGUACCCUCCACUGCAGCAGUUUUUUGUUGUUCUGGAGAGCUGUCUGAAACAUGGGCUGAAAGUAAAGAAGUCAUUUAUUGGCCAGAGCAAAUCAAUCUGGGGGCCUCUGGAAAUGGUGGAGAAGUUGUGUCCAGAGUCCACUGACAUAACCACAAGUGCUCGAGACCUUCCUAGUCUUAAGACAGGGUUGGGUCGAGGGAGAGCCUGGCUACAUUUGGCCCUCAUGCAAAAAAAGUUGGCAGAUUAUAUGAAAGCCCUGCUGGAUCACAAAGAUCUCCUGAGUGAGUUCUAUGAACCGGGAUCAUUAAUGCUAGAAGAUGAGGGGACUGUGAUUGUAGGACUUCUGGUUGGCCUCAAUGUCAUUGAUGCAAACCUUUGUAUCAAAGGGGAGGAUCUGGACUCUCAGGUGGCAGUCAUUGACUUCUCCCUGUACCUGAAAGAUACUGCCAACACUGAAACGCCCAAGGAUGAAUCAAAGAUGACUGCCAUUUUGGAUCAGAAGCACUACAUUGAGGAGUUGAAUCGCAACCUGAGUGGCACAGUUACUGACCUCCAGGCCAAGAUGGACUCCCUAGAGAAGACCAACAACAAACUUGUGGAUGAGUUAACUGCAGCCACAGAUAGAAUAAACUCUUUGUGUGAAGAACAGCAUACCCUGAAACAAGAGAAUGAGGUUAUCUUGCAGUCCAGCCAGAGGAAGGAAGAGGUGACUCUCCAGGACAGCCAAGUUGAGCUGGAGACAUACAAACAGAGCCGCCAGGGCCUGGAUGAAAUGUACAACGUUGUGUGGACACAGUACAAGGAAGAGAAGCGCAUUCGGCAGGAGUUGGAGCGGGAGCUGGAGCUGCAGGUGGGACUAAAGCAGGAGAUGGAGGUGGCCAUGAGGCUUCUGGAGAAAGACACACAUGAGAAACAGGACACGCUCGCAGCCCUGCGGCUCCAACUCGACCAAGUCAAGACCCUUAACCUGCAGAUGUUCCACAAAGCGCAGGACUCCCAGCGAGAGGCAGUGAAGAAGCAGCAGGAGGCUAGUCAGCUGGAGGAGAGCAUGAGUGAAAUGGAGAGAACCAUGAUAGAGCUUGAGCAGAGACUACAGAGGUCUGAGUCAGAGCGUACGCAGUGCGACCAGUCAGAUGAAGCCAUGAGGUUCGAGCUGGAGGGCAAAGCAGAAACCCUGCAGAAACAAUUAUCAGACCUGGACACACUGAGGCUUGGACUGGAGACGGAUCUGUGCAGUGAGAAGGAGCAGAGGCAGAGCCUGCAGAGAGCUCUCCAGAGGGAACAGGACAACAGCACAGAGCUCCGCACACAGCUGCAACAACUUCAGGGGCUGCAUAUGGAGCUGAAAGACCUGAAGCAGGAGAAGACCAAGCUCCAGCAGAGGUGUGAGCAGCAGGAACAGGCGUUACAGGAGAUGGGCCUGCACCUCAGCCAAUCUAAACUCAAGAUGGAGGACUUCAAGGAGGUCAAUAAAGCCCUGAAGGGUCACGCCUGGCUGAAAGACGACGAGGCCACAGAGUGCAAGCACUGCCAGAAAGAGUUCUCCAUCUCUCGUAGAAAGGUGAACAACAUUCACCAUUUCCUCUUUAUUUAUUUUGAGUUUCAGUGGUCUGCGUGCAUAAUACUAAUUGUUUUCAGCACCACUGUCGGAACUGCGGAGACAUCUACUGCAACACCUGCUCUGCCAACGAGCUGGCGCUGCCGUCGUACCCGCGGCCUGUGCGCGUCUGCGACAUCUGCCACUCCCUUCUACUGCAGAGAAGCUCCUCCACAGGCGCCUCCUGACAACGCAGUCACAGCUCCAAGUUUCAUACUGAGGCUUUCUACGGCUCUUCCCAUUUAAAUACCCGGUGUAAUACCGAUUUUUACUCAUCACCAUGAUUUUGGGUACACUAGCAGUUAAGUUUAAGUAUUAAUAUGGGAUACUCUUUAUUUGCAAUGCAUCUCUUAUGGGUACCGUUUUAUGUGGACUACCUUUUCUUUUUUUGUAGAGUUUAAGAACCCAUGUUUUAUGUAUAACAUGGAAUAAAAUUGCUGAAGUUGCACUGUCCUAAACCAGGUUUAGUUAUAUUUGCAAAGGUCUGUAUAUUGCUUACACAGGUUGUAAGAAAAUAGAAAAAUGUCACCUAACAAUCACCAUCAGCUACGAAGCUUUCUUUUUAACCCUUGUCAUUGACAUUACUGCCAUCAGUUGAUAACAUUUUAUAAUACAAAUAUAAUCUUACUUUCAGGCCAGAAUUCUUCCAUCCGCGUUUUAAGCGCACAGCGGAUAGGGAGAUUCUGAAAUAAGCAACACUAUGUACUGCAUCAAGACUUGAUUGAUUCUAAAUCAAAUCAUACAGAAAGACUAACCCCCUAACAAACCUACACCUCAAUGUAUGUCCAUUUUCUUAGAGCUGGCAUGUUGACAUUUUCUAUCUAGUGGCUGAUUGGAAUAAAAAGGAAAUUUGUCAAUA